AUGCUAACCAUACUCGUGUUUUCAGGAGAAGCGCAAAGAGAAAACACAAAAAGGAAAAGGAGGACAGAGAAAAAGGAGAAAGACAGAAGUGAUGAUAAACAGAGUAAAGAAAGAUCGAAAAGAAAAACACAAGGACAAGAAGGACAGGGACAAAGAGAAAGAGAAAAGCAGCAUAUUAGAGGAGGCAACAGUUGCUGGGAACUUGAGGCUGCGGGAAGCCAGUUGCUUGAUAGAUUUUCUGGUGCUGACGAAAGGGAUCAAGAUACAGGUGUCACUGUUGCUUUCAGAGAUUUUUCAGGUAUAUUGGCAGAAGACAAUGGAAAGUUCGAAGAUAAGAGAGUUGAUAAUAGACAAAUGGGUGUACAAGGAUUUAGCAAUGAGUUUAGUGGAAAUGCAGUGGCCCAGAACCUUGCUGGAAUUGCCAAGAGAAAAGUUGAAAGGAUGCCCAGACUGGCUGAGGAACAAAAUAAUAAGAUAUUGCCGAGUAAAGAGAAAUCUAAGGAAAAGGGUGACAAUAAUGGGGAUGCCAAACAGAAGGAUAGAGGUAGAGAUAAUAAAAAAGCCAUAAAAUUGACAAAGAAAAGGAAAGGGAGAAGAAACGGGAGAAAAGUCGGUGCAAAAGUGAAACUGAGGAAAGCAUGCAGAUCAGAUCCAAGGAUAUUGGCAGGAAUGAGGCUGAUAAUAGUUGCUUGUUUCACAGAUAGUGAAGUCAGGCAUAAUAAAUUGCAGAGGCUCACUUUUCAUCAAUUGACAGAGAAUGGAACGAAACUCGAAUCAGCCCGAGUUCACUAUUUAUCUGCCUUGGAUAAGCAGGGGGUUCCAAACAAUUUUCCAUUGGAUAACAAGGACUCAAAGGUGAAUGGUAUAAUUGAAGCCCAUAAACUGUCAACUAAACCUAAGCCUUCUGCUGUAAGUAUGUUUGGUGAUCAAAUUGUCGUAGCAUCAAAGAAAUCUCCCCUUCCUGAUUCCAAGCAUGUUAAUGGAAUACCUAAUGAAUCCAUGAUGGAGGAUCAAAUUGAUGAAGCAUCAAAUAGACCUCCUCAUCCAGAUACCAAGUAUCUGAGUGAGAUACUCUCGGUGCCCAAGAUGGAGACAUGGAGUGGCCCAAUGUUGAGGACUAGGAAUGGUUGUUUACCGAGAAAGAGCCUUCAUCAAAUAGCAAGGUGA